GUCCAUCUGGUUGCCGAGGUUUGCUUGUUGUGUUCUUUCGUAUUCGCCCCCACUUCGGUACGGUGGGCUUUGGGUGGUCGCUUCCGAAAGUUCACACGUACUGCACGUGCCAAUGUCAACGAAGAAUACUUAGAGUAGUGAUAGUUUCUUAGUGAUAGUGAUAUUUAUUUUCCCGCCUUCGGAUUCAAGUUCAGUGCAGCGAAGUGAAGAAAAAAAAAACAAGACAAAAAUAAAAGUGACGUCGACGGCAGUGACUUGAGUACCAAACAAGCACACACAGUGCACGAACCUUGGGCCAACUCCGUUGGCUGACGACAAAACGGUUGUGGCCGGUUUGGUGUUUGCUGUUUACCUUUGAUUUUUUUGGGGGUCAUCCGAGCUCCGCGGAACGAAACGCGCUCGGGUGUAUCGGACAGCGGAGACCACACACACGCUCAAAGACGGUGACAACACGUGCCUGCAAUACAUGACAAGAUGUUGAUAACGGGCAGCGAGACGAGCGUAGCGACGAUCGACGAUGGAGGGACGAUGUGGGCCAGACAGCAGCACGCCGUUUCGGUGCGGCAUGCCUUCAAACAGUACGGAACCAAGAAAAAACCAAACAUGGUUCUAUCGAACCUGAACAUGACAGUCGCCAAAGGAACGAUCUACGGACUACUGGGAGCAUCCGGAUGCGGCAAAACGACACUUCUGUCGUGCAUAGUCGGACGAAAGCGGCUCAACUCCGGAGAAAUUUGGGUGCUGGGUGGCAAACCAGGAACGAAAGGAUCGGGCGUACCGGGCAAACGCGUCGGCUACAUGCCCCAGGAGAUAGCUUUAUACGGGGAGUUUUCGAUCCGGGAGACCAUGAUGUACUUCGGCUGGAUCUUCGGCAUGCAGACGUCGGAAAUUUCCGACCGGUUGCGGUUUUUGCUCAACUUCCUGGACCUGCCGUCCGAGUCGCGACUGGUGAAGAACUUGAGUGGUGGCCAGCAGAGGCGAGUCUCGUUCGCGGUGGCUUUGAUGCACGACCCCGAGCUGCUGAUCCUGGACGAACCAACCGUCGGCGUCGAUCCAUUACUUAGGCAAAGUAUAUGGAAUCAUCUAGUGCACAUUACCAAGGCUGGCCAGAAGACGGUCAUCAUUACGACACACUACAUCGAGGAGGCCCGGCAGGCGCACACGAUCGGUCUGAUGCGAUCGGGGCGGCUGCUAGCGGAAGAGUCGCCGGCUUGUCUGCUGUCCAUGUACCGUUGCAGUAGUCUGGAGGAUGUCUUUCUGAAGCUAUCCCGCAAGCAAGGACAAACGAACGUAGCACCUGCUGAACUAAAUAUUAGCAAUAACAUCUCGCUGUCGGCGCUGGCGUUCGGUAAGGCCAAGGACAAUCCAGUAUACGUGAGUCAGGAAAGCGGCGUCGUAGGACUGAACUUUCAUCAAAGUAAGGAGGUACUCAUAAGCGACAGUAAUGGAUCGACGUACGCUAUUAACGGUAUGAACGGAGCUCCACCGGGAGCGAUCAGUGAAGCAGUAGAGUGUGACGACUGUGCAGACUGCACCGAUUGUACGAAUGUAAGUUGCUUCUUCAUUUUCAAAUCAAACUUCCAUUCUAUUGCGCGAUUUUUCCAGUUAACAACGCAAGGCAAACUGCGGGCACUGCUGGUGAAGAACUUUCUGCGAAUGUGGCGAAACGUCGGUGUUAUGCUGUUCAUUUUUGCACUGCCAGUCAUGCAGGUAAUCCUGUUUUGUUUGGCCAUCGGAAGGGAUCCAACCAACUUGAACAUCGCAAUCGUCAACGGAGAAAUGAAUACGUCCAGCAAUGGGGAAUGCUAUUUCGAUGCCGGCUGUAGUUUCACCAAUCUUAGUUGUCGAUAUUUGAACCAUUUGAAUACGACAAUAUCGAAAAUUUACUAUCCGGAUCUGGAUUCGGCCGUCGAUGCCGUACGGCAGGGAAAUGCGUGGGGGGCACUGUACUUCACGGACAACUUUACCGACGCACUGGUGGCCCGAAUUGCACUUGGGCGAGAUGCUGAUGACGAAACUUUGGACCAAUCGGAGAUUCGCGUUUGGCUUGACAUGUCAAACCAGCAGAUCGGAAUAAUGCUUAACCGGGACUUGCAGGUGGCGUAUCGGGAGUUUGCUCAAGAGCUGCUGCGAGUGUGCGACAACAAUCCGAAGCUGGGUGAUGUUCCGAUUCAGUUCAAGCAGCCUAUCUACGGAACCAAUGAUCCUUCGUUUACCGAUUUCGUAGCGCCGGGAGUUAUCUUGACAAUUGUAUUUUUCCUGGCCGUCGCGUUGACCUCGUCGGUGUUGAUUAUUGAAAGAACCGAGGGCAUGCUGGACCGAUCGUGGGUCGCUGGUGUAACACCGGGUGAGAUCUUGUUCUCACACGUUAUCACGCAGUUUGUGGUGAUGUGCGGACAGACGGCAUUGGUUCUUAUCUUCAUGAUUGUGGUCUUCGGCGUUACCAACAAUGGCGAAAUCGUGUGGAUAGUUUUGCUGACCAUUUUGCAAGGACUCUGCGGUAUGUGCUUUGGUUUUGUCAUCUCUGCAAUAUGCGAAUUGGAGCGGAAUGCCAUCCAGCUGGCGUUAGGUUCAUUCUAUCCCACACUUCUGCUGUCCGGUGUGAUCUGGCCCAUCGAAGGUAUGCCUCUGGUGCUGCGAUAUGUGUCUCUGUGUCUUCCGUUGACACUGGCCACCUCGUCGCUUCGCUCCAUUUUGACCCGCGGAUGGAGUAUAACGGACGAAGACGUCUAUCUAGGCUUCGCUUCCACGGUAGCCUGGAUCGUCGUCUUUCUGCUGGUGACACUGGUCGUACUUAAGUUAAAACGAGGCUAGGGCUCGUGCUGUAGGAUCGCUUGUAGUUACAUAGAAAUCAUUAAUUUAUAUGAGAGCGCAUACCAUCAUCGACUUUGUGUGAUUCACAAACAAAAAUCAACCGGUUUCCGUGCAUUUUGGGUGGAGAAAAAGCACGAAGACCGGGCAUGAAACCAUCCUGGGUCGAACUGAACGAGAAACACUUAACCAAUUCGUCAACUCGUGUUCCGAAAAGCGUUCACAGUUUCCUCCACUAACGAACAUUCAAAAGCAAACUAGAUUUCGCCUUCAAUUCGACCCCUCAGAAACUGUAAAGGCCCACACACACUGCAUACGGACUAAGGCCCGUAUGCAUUGUGUCUGGACCUGAACGAGAGGAGAGUAACAUCAACUUUAUCCUAAACCCCACCACGCUAUACCCAUUUCUUUGAGAGUCAAACCUCCUAUUGACGGUGUAAAAAAAAUACACAGCAAAAAAGACCCCCCGCUACUACUGCUGACAACAAUUUAACAUGGCUUUCCGCUUAGCGCAUCCUCGCAGCGGCAACCUUUUCGUUCACAUUUCGCCGAAGCAACUGAACGUAAGCAAUUUGCUCAAUUUUUUCUCUUAGUUAUCAUUUUCAAAUUAGUCAAAAGCAAAGCAAAGCAUCACGUAGAAACACAAACACACACACACGCAGCUAAAACCGAACUUCUGCUAGACUCCGGGCGAAAGCAAAAAAAACGUCGUCGCAGCGACGCAGACAAGAUAUUACCUAACGUCCGGAGGUCCCGGUUGGCCGCUCUGCGGCACCACCAAAAAAAAAGCAAAGCAAUAGUUUUCCGCGCAGAAGAAGUAAGCAAAACAAUUAUUGAACUGUGAUUAUACAUAUUUUUUCUUUUUUUUUAUAUAUACAUAUACGAGUAAUUUCUCUAAGAACUUUUGUUUAAUGUAUGCUAACAAAAAAGUUUAGGCGAGAGAGAUCCCCGUUUUUUUAAAAUAAUUUUAUUAGGGAAGAUGUAAACGCUAAUAGAGAAAAAAAGAAACAAGAGGAAACCAUAGACUUUAAUGAACGUAUCGAGAAAAACAAGUGUAGCGUCUGUCAUCUCGCUUUCUCAUCGGAAACUUCAUCCCCAUUUUGUGUGUAUGAUGUGUGUAAAAAAAAAAGAAACCGAGGAGACAAGGACAAACCAUUACCACUUUGGAAGUAAAAUAGAACGCAUAUGUAAUCUAGUUUUUAUUUGUGACGGGUUCAAGCAAGCAAAAUCGCAAACUACCAUUUCUACUAUCCACUCCGGGCAGCUCUUGCAUUUGUUUGAUGUUUCGCAUCUUUCAACGGACGGCACGGCGCUGUGCUGGCGGUUCGAAACUAACCUGAUAGGAAGUGACUUUAAACGGAGGCAUACACACACACAGCCUCCGUACCCUAACCGGAACAUCAAACCAGAAGAGUGACGGGAGUGUAAACAAACAACGGGAAACUUGUAA